AUGACUACCGUUGCCCGUGCGAGUAAUGGAAAUGAUGGCGCCAGUGAGAGCUUGGAGGAGGAAUUGGAAUACGUGUCGCCAUUCAGAGAUGCUACGGCGGUGCAGAUUGCGCAGCGGAGAAGAUUGGCGAGAUAUCCGACAACGAGUGCGACUUCUGGGUACACUAUGGUGAACCCGAGUGAUAUGGGGUACAAGACGCUGGGGGACCAGCAACAGAGGGCCAAGGAUAUCGCGUUUCCCGUGUAUCUGUCGAACAACGAAAAAAGACAGGCGCUGCUUUUGGAAAAAUUGAGAGCCAAGGAGGCGCAUUUGAAGUAUUUGAGGGACUCGCAGGUUUUGACUGAUUUGAGACCUAACGAGGAGAAGUUGGAGAGUGAUGAGACGGCCCUGAGUAGGGAUGGGGAUGAAGCCGAGGAUGAAGAUGCUGAGAAGGAGUCAGCUAAUGCAAAGAGUGAAGAUGAGGGCAAAGAUGCGGUGGAAGUGGCGCCACUUGUGGAGGCGAAGCAUGACGCUGCUGCCGUUGAUGUUGGGCACGCCGAGGUCGACGAAGCAGUUGAAGAGGCAGUUGCACCAGAAACUACUGCAGAAGACAAGCCUGAAGCCAGCUUAGCUGUCGGGGAGGCUGCUGCACCUGAGACCACUGAAGGAGACGAGGUUGAGGAUGAGGAAGCCGUGGCACCUGAAACGACGGAAGAGGAGAAGCCUGGAGGUGAAGAAACCGCUGCUGAGGUCGCUGCACCAGAAAGUGUUGUAGAGGACAAAUCCGAGGUCCCUGAAGAGGAUCACACUUCUGACGUUUUAUCACCACCUAUUGACCCACAUUUGGCCCCAAGAGUUCCAAUUCCAGAAGAGACGGAGAAGGCCUUCAAAAUCCCUUGGUUCAGGUCGUCAUCGAAAUCUAAAGGAGAAUAUCCCGUUGCAACUCCGGAAAAUCCAGAAGAAAUCGUCAUCACUGCUCAAGAGGGUCAUUUGAACAAGGCCGUUUAUGAUAAGAUUCAAUAUGAAAGCAAAGUUCAUUAUCAAUGGUUGACUGAUUUCAAUAAAAUUGAAGAAGAAAAAUACUACAAUAAAAAGCUGGAUUACUCUAAUAAACUGAAGGCUGUUCAACUUGAAAUUGAUGAAAUACAUUCUCAGAUGGAUCAAUUAAAAAAAGAAACCUCGAAGACACUCGAUAUCUUUGAAGCUGAAUUAACCAGAAAGAUGCUAGAUAGCACUCAAGUUCACGUCAACAAAAAACACAAAAUUUUUAAAGAAACGGACACUUUGAGAAAUCAAAAGUCACUGCAGAAGGACACAGUUCUAAUCAAAUCAGAAGAGCUGCAAAAGGAGAUUGAUGAUCUAAAUGAAUCUAAAAGCGGAGUUCAAGCGGAAUAUAUUGGAUGGACAAAUCGCCUAGCAGAUUUAUCAGCUCACAUCGAUGCAAAAGUUUCAAAGGUUCUUGCUAUUACCGAACAAUCGAAAAAGACACAAUCUGAAAUUGAUAAAUUAAAGGAAACCAAAAACCAAUUGAUUUUAGAGACCGAAAACAAUAAUGUACAACAUGAAGAAAAUAAAAAAGUUUUAGAAGACGUUAAAAACAAAGCAUAUCUUCCUCAAAUAAACGAAAUUGACAAUCAAAUUAACGAUCUGUUAAGUAAAAUGGCGUUGAUCAAACAGGAAGGUGCAAACGAAAGAAUCGAAUUAAGUGCAAUCACCAAAAGGGUUGAAGAGGAACGUCGUGCUCACGAGGAAAAACUGAUGCUAGAAGCAGAAGAAAGAAAGCGCAAAGAAGAAGAUUUAUUGAAUAAGCAACGUUUAGAACUCGAAAAAGUAGCCGAAGAGCAAAAACUACAGCACGAGGAAGAGCUCCAGAAAUUAAAAGUAAGCUAUGAAGAAUUAGAAGCAAAAUUGCUAGAGCAGGAAACGAGGCACAAUGAACUGCAAGACCAAGAGAAAGCAAAAACCUUAGAGAAGGAAAAAGAAGUGGAGGAGCUAAAGAAACAGGCUCAAAAAUUAGCGGUUGACUCAACUAAGGAAUCGGCUGUAGAGUCCACUAAGGAAUCAGCUGAAGAACCAGCAAAAAUAUCGGCUGUAGAGUUUGCUAAGGAAUCAGCUAAAGCGCCAGAGAAAAUAGAAACAGCCAAAGAAACGACUUCAGAUACAAGUAAAGAGCCAAGUAAAGAGCAAGCUGUAGAAAAAACUAAAGAGCCUGUUGAAGAGCCUGUAUCGACUACUGAUUCUAAGACGUCCACUUAG